GGGGCGUGACGUUGCGGGCUCCGGCUCGGGCGGCGGAGAGGAGGCGGUGAGCGGCGGCGGCGGCUUCCGCGUUUGCCGGGCGGGCGCGGCGGAUGGGCGGCUUCUACGAGGCGCCGUACGCCGCCCGGGAUGAGCUUGUGAGCGCCGGGGGCGGCGAGGCCCGGCCGCAGCGGAGCCAUGUCCCAGCCGCCGCCGCCGUCGUCUCCUCCUCCUCAGCAGCCGCCGCCGGGUGCCUCCAAGAAGCGGGACCGGCGCAUCUUCUCGGGCACCUGCCCCGACCCGAAAUGCCAGGCGCGGCUAUUCUUCCCGGCGCACGGGCCGCAGGGCAGCGGCAGCAUCGAGUGCACGGACUGCGGGCGGCGCCACGAGCAGCGGCAGCUGCUGGCGGUGGAGGAGGUCACCGACCCCGACCUGGUGCUGCACAGCCUCCUGCGGAACGCGCUGCUGGGCGUCAGCGGCGCCGGGCCGCCCCGCAGGAACGCCGAGCUCGUCAAAGUCAUGGGCCUCUCCAACUACCACUGCAAGCUGCUGGCCCCCAUCCUGGCCCGCUACGGGAUGGACAAGCAAACUGGCAAAGCCAAGCUCCUUACGGAGAUGAACCAAGGGGACAUCUUUGACUGCUCCAUCUUGGGUGACCGCGCCUUCCUCAUCGAGCCUGAGCACGUCGAAACCAUCGGAUACGGGAAGGACCGCUCCGGCAGCCUCAUCUACCUGCACGACACCCUGGAAGACAUCAAGAAGGCCAACAACAGCCAGGAGUGCCUCAUUCCCGUGCACGUGGACGGAGACGGCCACUGCCUUGUCCACGCGGUCUCACGGGCGCUUGUUGGCAGGGAACUGUUCUGGCACGCUCUGCGAGAAAACCUAAAGAAGCAUUUUGAGGAGAAUCUGAGUCACUACAAGGCACUUUUCCAUGACUUUAUCGAUGCAGCAGAGUGGGAGGACAUUAUCAAUGAAUGUGACCCUUUGUUUGUUCCUCCAGAAGGUGUGCCAAUGGGCCUUAGGAAUAUUCACAUCUUUGGUCUGGCCAAUGUGCUUCACCGACCUAUCAUCCUGUUGGACUCCUUGAGUGGAAUGCGAAGCUCUGGUGAUUAUUCAGCAACGUUCCUUCCUGGUCUGGUACCUCUAGAAAAAUGUAUGGGAAAAGAUGGCAUGUUGAACAAGCCGAUCUGCAUUGCAUGGAGUAGCUCAGGGCGUAACCAUUAUAUUCCUCUAGUUGGAAUAAAAGGUGCUGCUUUACCUAAACUGCCUAGGAAGCUACUACCUAAAGCCUGGGGAGUUCCUCAGGACCUCAUCAAAAAGUACAUCAAGCUAGAGGAGGACGGUGGCUGUGUUAUUGGAGGAGACAGAAGUUUGCAAGACAAGUACUUGAUGAGGCUUGUUGCUGCAAUGGAGGAGGUUUUCAUGAGCAAACACGGUAUCCAUCCGAGUCUUGUAGCUGAUGUACAUCAGUAUUUCUACAGAAGGACUGGUGUAAUUGGAGUCCAGCCUGAAGAAGUCACUGCGGCUGCCAAAAAAGCAGUGAUGGACAACCGCCUUCACAGGUGCCUGAUCUGUGGAGCCCUUUCAGAGCAUCACGUUCCUCCAGAGUGGCUGGCUCCUGGGGGGAAACUCUACAACCUGGCAAAAAGCACUCAUGGCCAGUUAAGGCCUGACAAAAAUUACAGUUUUCCCCUCAACAGUUUGGUGUGUUCUUACAACCCCGCAAAGGAUGUUCUGGUACCAGACUAUAGCCUGAGUAGUUUGACUGCUUGUAACUGGUGUCACAGUAACUUAGUCCGUCGUGUCAGAGAAGAUGGGUCUGUUUCAUACUUGGAUGGAGACAGAACUAAUACUAGGUCUACGGGGGGCAAAUGCGGCUGUGGAUUCAAGCACUACUGGGAGGGUAAAGAAUACGAUAAUCUCCCUGAAGCUUUUCCUAUUACUCUGGAGUGGAGUGGAAGAGUGGUGAGAGAGACAGUCUACUGGUUCCAGUAUGAAAGCAACACAUCUCUGAACAGCAAUGUGUAUGACGUCGCCAUGAAACUCGUUACCAAGCACUUCCCUGGUGAAUUUGGUAGCGAGAUUCUUGUUCAGAAAGUUGUCAACACGAUAUUGCAUCAAACUGCCAAAAAGAACCCUGAUGAUUAUACCCCUGUAAAUAUAGAUGGUGCUCAUGCCCAAAGAGCUGAGGAUGUACAGCAAGGACAAGAGUUAGAGUCACAACUUCCAACCAAAAUUAUUUUGACUGGACAGAAGACGAAAACUUUGCACAAGGAGGAGUUGAACAUGAGCAAAACUGAAAGAACUAUUCAGCAGAACAUUGCAGACCAGGCUUCCGUAAUGCAAAAACGGAAAAGUGAAAAAUUGAAACAAGAGCCUAAAGGGCAACCUAGGACUGCUUCUCCUGGGGCUGUUCGUGAGGGGCCAUCGUCCGCACCUGCUACACCAACAAAAACGCCGUAUUCUCCAACAUCUGCAAAAGAAAAGAAAAUCCGAAUAACCACAAAUGAUGGGAGGCAGUCAAUGCUUACCCUAAAGUGCACUACUACCUUCUUGGAAUUACAGGAAAGCAUAGCAAGAGAAUUUAAUAUUCCUCCGUAUUUGCAAUGUAUUCGCUAUGGCUUUCCUCCUAAAGAGCUACUGCCUCCCAAAGAAGGCAUGGAAAAUGAGCCUGUUCCUUUGCAGCAUGGUGACAGGAUUGCAAUAGAAAUCCUGAAAGGUAAGGAGGAAGGCAGGCAGUCUGCUUCGGCACACUCGGCCCAUGCUGUGAAGCAUGAAGACGUUGCUGUGACGAGUAAAAUCUCAUCAAAGGAGCUGCAAGAGCAAGUCGAUAAGGAAAUGUACUCCCUAUGUCUUCUAGCAACUCUAAUGGGAGAAGAUGUUUGGACUUACGCAAAGGGUCUUCCUCAGUUGUUCCAGCAGGGUGGAGUAUUCUACAGUAUAAUGAAGAAAACCACAGGUCUGGCUGAUGGCAAGCACUGCACUUUUCCACAUCUGCCUGGUAAAAACUUUGUGUACAAUGCCGCAGAGGACAGGUUAGAGCUGUGUGUGGAUGCUGCUGGGCACUUUCCUAUUGGUCCUGACGUUGAAGAGUUGGUUAAAGAGGCCUUAAGUCAAGUGCGAGCAGAAGCUACUUCAAGAAGCAGAGAAGCAAGUCCUUCCCAUGGAAUGCUGAAGCUGGGUAGUGGUGGAGUAGUGAAAAAGAAAUCUGAACAACUGCAUAACAUAACUGCAUUUCAAGGAAAGGGUCAUUCUUUAGGAACUGCAUCUAGUAGUCAACAGCAUGAUCAAAGAGCCAGGGAAACACCACUUCUAAGAAAGCAUAGCACAGAAACAGACUUCAGUCCUUCUGCUAAAAUUGAGCCUUCUGUAUUCACAGCUGCUUCUGGUAACAGUGAGCUUAUCCGAAUUGCUCCAGGAGUUGUGACAAUGAGAGACAGCAGGCAGCUUGACCCCACUUUGAUUGAGGCACAGAGAAAAAAGUUGCAGGAAAUGGUCUCUUCUAUUCAGGCUUCAAUGGAUAGACAUUUGCGGGAUCAGAAUACAGAGCAGUCAGCAUCAGUUGAUAUAUCUCAAAGAAAAGUAGAGGCAGUGAGUUCAACUGCUAAAACUGGGAGCUUUCAGGCUGGCUUACCCGAAUCGUUUUCUGCACCAGGUGGUUCUGAACGCUUGGAUACUGAAUCAACUGAUGGUAACAUGGUAAAUUCUAUGGGAACAACAUUCCCUGCAAGGUCUAAAACACAAAAGGGAAAUUCUGUUGAGGAGCUUGAGGAGAUGGAUAGUCAAGAUGCAGGAAUCACUAAUGCAACUGAGCCAAUGGAUCACUCUUGAUAGGGUAGAAUCUAAUAAAGGUAGAAGAAAUUACUGUUCAAAUAUAAUGUUUAUUGGCUGGGCCACACAAAGUGAUUAGUUAUUAAAUCUUGUAUGUAUGUCAAAGAUUAUAUCAUCUUAUUCAGUGCAUGAUAAGCAAGUGUGUGAUUGGCAAUAGCUUUCAAUAUUACCAUACCGCUGCCCAGGCUGGCUCUGUUACCUGUAAAUUAGUUAUUAGGAAAUGCACUGAGAUGAAUAUCUGCUGUAAAUGUGGGUUCUUGAAAAUUCUUUCUAAUUUUUAAUUCUUUAAAAGUCUUAAAGUUUAAGCCCAUGCAAGGUUCUUACCAUGCUAGUUUAAGGUUACUGGAAAGGCUAGAACAGGCAAAACUAGAAAUGUGACAAAGUUAAUCCUGUCCCAGGUACUUAAUUCCACUCAAAAAUGCACUAUAAUCGUGGUUUAUACAUAAACUUCAAAAAGCAACCGAAACUAAAUUUAUGCUAAAUUUGAUAAUGUAGCUUAUGCCGUACUUGAAUUACAUCGUGCUGGCAUUUCCUCCAGUUUAAAAACUUUUCCAUUCAUACAGCUGUAUACGCUUCUCAGAAAGCUUGAAAUAAGUGUAACUUUAGUAAACUUUCUAGUUUCUGCAUAUUGUCAGUUUAAGCAAGUUAGGAAAAAAGGUUACUUAGUGUAUGAUGAAGAUAAAAUGAAUGUGCUAUGGUUGUGCGUGGCUGUCUGAGCCAACACGACCAUCUUGGUGCUCUGUUAGUUAAUGAUAGCAUGUCUUUAUUUCCUCCCAAAUAUUGAGCUGGUCAGAUGUUGUGCAACUCUUAGUACAACUACAGGAGAGAAGUUGUUUGCAGUUUUAAGAAACAACAAAUGUUCCAUGGCAAAUCCAUUUCUUUUAAAAAAAUGUGAUUAUUAGCAUUGUUUAGUAAUGGCAAAGAUUAAAUAACAGCUGUCCUCUUCAGAGAAAAUUAACAAUUCAUGUGAAGGAAAUGACUGUCUAGCAUACAUUAUCCUGAAAUGCUCAGCGAUGAUUGAGCUUUUAGAAGCUCACUGUUUACUCCGUGGAAGCAAGGAAUACCUGAUGUUUCAGUGUCUGUAAAGACUGUCUACCUACUUCUAUUAGCUUUGUUUCAGUUUGUGAUGCAGAUUUCCCUGCAUCAGUGGUAAUAUAGCUGGUAUCCACUUAAGUAGCAUGUUCAUCAGACCUGCAAUGCUAACUCUUAAGAAGCAGCCAUUGCGCUUGCUCCCGAAGGAUGGAAUGUGUAUCUGAUACUGCACUGUGCUUUCUAUCUUCAUAGUCAUAUUUAAGUGCACUACUGUUGCUUCCUUUAAUGGUAAAAUAACAUUGAAUGGAUGACAGAUGUUAAUGCAGCUUCAAAGGAAUUAAGAGCAUUUAAUUAUUGAAGUCUCUGUUUGUGCACAUGUGGGGUUUUACCAGUUCACAACUGCUGUUUGUAUUGUAUAUGUUUGUAUUCAGAAAAGUCUCCUCACUUUUUUACAUUUCUUAUCACUUAAACACUUCUAAGCAUUAGUAUGAUAAAACGUUCCAUGAAGUAGGAUUUAUUUUUGUAUGUAAAAAUUAACUGAAGUGAGUCACUUAAAGAAUAGCCCCCGUUUUGUCAAAGUAAAUUAAAAUGCCUCUAUUGGUUAACUUUUUAUGUAGAGGGAAUAAAUAUUUUAUGAUUUAGUACACUACUUAUGGGUAAAAAAAGUAAGAACCACAUUUUCAUGAGUAAAUGAAAAGUUUUAAGAUCUCAAAUUGCUAACCUGUAAGUUGGCAAUUUGGAAGCUUGGAACGUAUGAAGUAAUUUGGCUCACCAGAACUGACCUUGCUGAUGCACUGGUUAACUGGCAGGGUUUAUUCAGUGAGAAACAGGAUGCACAUGCAGCAGCUGGAAGCCUGCCAUAACUUCUGAAAACAUUUAGUCUCCUGUGAAUCAGUCUAGCUGUCUGAAGGCUAUUUCUGUAUGGAAAAUGUUGAGUAGAAGCUUGUGCUUUGUCAUAGUGGGAGGUUUUGUAAAGCGUAGCUGUGGCAUAUUCCUGGGGAGGAAUUUAAGUCCAGAGAGGCUAAUGGGGAGGAAUCGCCUGGAUCUCUUGCAUUUUAGACAAGGUAACUAUCACUAUGACAUUUUAACCUUUUCUUUAGAAAAAGAAGUGUUCCUCAGCUGAAGAAAAAUGAGCAGUGUACAUGAGAGAAUUGUAAGUUUGAAAUAAAUGGAAAUAUUUAUUGCACAUCAUCCUUAUUUCAAGGGGAAAUACUGACUUCUUUCAUGCCUUUCUGGUAAGACUAUGGAAGUUUGUGUGUGCCUUUUGCUGUGUUUUAAUUUUGACACACUUCCCAUUUCAGCAGUAAUUUGAUGUUUUUCUUCUUAUCUAAAUGAAAAUGGACACAGAUAAUAGCUGUGUUUGACUCACCCUUAGUGCCAGCUUGGGUCCACUGAACUCAUGUAGAUCAGCACUCUCCACUUCCUAAAAUAAAAUGAUCUCACAAAGGAAUAGUGAAAUGGUGUCGGAAUCACAAGACCCGCUGCUAUUAAUUCCUUUGGUGUAAAGCAGGAUUGUGUAUAUUUCUUUGCAGUGUUCUUAUUUCACAUAGCUUUCUCAUGCAUUUAAAUAUCAGUGUUUUUGAGAAAGGUGGCUUUUGAUACUCUCGAGUGAAGCUAAAAUUCAUCUACAUGCCAGUGAGAUGUGUAACUGUACAGAAGUGAAAUAAAGAACACUGAAGUGCAAGUUUGAACAGAUGUUUCAUUUGAUUCCCAGCAGUGGAUGUAGAUGUAAGUUGAGGGAGAUCUGUGUGCCUGGCUGAGAAGCACCCAUGUACUCAUUAGAUUUCCCUGUUAGAGUCAGGAAAAUGGUGGUGGGGUGCAAGGGCAGGGAAGAUGCUGACUCGUUGUGGGUGUGAAGCCCUGUGGAUAGGACUUAAAAGAUGAGGACUUAAAAGAUAGGACUUAAAAGAUUAAAAGAUGAGGAGCGUCCCUUUCUCCAAAAACGCCCAACUUCUUUCUACUGAAUUGCCUCUGAACUUAGGCUGUUCUAGUUCUUUUUGAAUUGGGUUUUAAAUUUUUUUUGAACACCUGCCUUGAUUACUUUCCUGUCUAUGGGCCAACCAACUUCUACUCAGCGUCUCGUGGCAAAGAUGACUUAAAUUACUUGAAAAGCCUAAACUUUACUAUGGCUUAGUACAUAUAAAAUAAAUGAGAGAUGAUUACUGAAAAUAAAGAGCCGAUACAAGGUGGGGGGAAGAGAAUGAACAAGAUUGUUGAUAAGCAUAUGGGAAACUUCCAGAGAGCAGAUUGGUUUUCCAGGCAAAUGCAAGACUUUUACUGCUUCAAAUGACUGGCUGUUUGUAAGUAAGGUUGAAUUUUUGAUACUGCUGUCUCUCUCGGAAUUGUUUGCAAAUCACUGAGGGGAAAUAAAUAGCAGCUUUACAAAUGAAAUCACAUGAGUAUAUUUGGGAUGUUUUCACUGCUGUAGUCACAAAACAGCAAUGUUUUUUGAUGGUUUGAUCCCAUGUAGUUUACUUGUUUCCUGAUAGAUACAAGAUGUGAGCUAGACGGUGCCUCUGACGGAAUGCUCUAGCAGCGUCACAGAGGCACGGUGCCACAAGGCUCUAUGCUAGCAGCCCUGUACAACAGGCAUACUUUCAAGACCAAAAUGCUUCAUUUAAAAAAGUAGACUCCAUUGUCACAGAGUUGCUUGCUAAUUUUUUUCCAUGUGCUGAAAAUGCCAGGUAAUAAAAUUAAUAGUAUGCUUACAACUGGGAGAGCGAUGCUUGAUCUGACAUGUAUGGAAAAUGAACCAUUUAAGAAGGUGCCACUGUUACCUCUACAUUUGUUUGGCUUAUUUUCAAAUAGCAGAAUUUAGGUGCUUCUGUAAAACAAUAAUAAUAUGAAGUUGAUCCUUCUGUUAAAAGAAAACAACAGUAAGUGGUUUCUUUGUUUUGUUUGUGGUUAUCAGUUUAGCUUCUUAAAAUUAAAGAAGUUGCUUAAGGUCUUUGGAAUGCAGGAUUCCCUCUGAGCCCUUAUGCCUGCGGUUGAGCAAUAAACAAUUGAAACAAGAGUGGUAUUUUCAGAAUUAUUUUACGUUUAACAAGGAUUAUUGCCAAGAAAUGAAAGAGUGCACUUUUAGGAGGGAAUGCUAUUUAAAAUGUAUAAAUGAGAAUUAAAAUAGUGUAUAUAUUUAGAAAACAAAACUUUUUAAACAGUAAAUGCUUUACAUGUUGAAUUAAAAAGAAAUUAGCAUAGCAGCUAUACCAUCUUCACAGUACUGGCUGUUUAUCCAGCAGGGUUUGGUUUGUUUUAUUUGUGAUUGCUGUACUAAUUAUAUUUGAUUUUUUUAUCUGUAAUGUAACAAUAGUGUAUUAUAACAGUAUAUAGUGUACUAUACUACACUUCACUGUACAGUAUUUGGAAUUUUCUUUGAUUGCUAUAUUAAAACUAUAAGUUAAAACAUUGGCUUUGGUUUUAUAAGGUGCCACUUUUAUCUAGCCUUUCACACGUUAGCCAGUAUAAUUAACACUGGUUUGGCUACAAAAUGAAUGAGUUGUAAUUAUAUUAACUUCUGCAUUCUUCAUAUAAAUUGCAUUACGCUUGCAUACAUGAAGUUGAAAAACUGAUACGAAUCUUAGGAAGGUAAGCUGUGAUGUCAUCCAUUUUGCUUUAGUUAUGUUUCUGUUUAAAAUAACUUUUUUGGAAGAAAAACUUUUUAUGGGAAAGGUUUUUAUUACCUCAUGUCUGUUCCGAAUAUUUCAUUAAACACAUAGGACCUUUGAAUUUGGGAGGUUUUUAAAACAGGCUUUUAUAUAUUUGAGAUCAAAAUCUGAGAUCCCAAAUUUCUUAGUGACAGCUUUGGAAAAAAGGUGUAGAAAAGCGCUGACCAAUUCAUACAUAACAUUUUAAGGUAUCUUGCAAUCUAUGGUUUGAAACAUUGGUCAAAAUGUAUUUCAAAGCAAAAUUUUAAUGCAUGCGUGCAAUACACAAAUAUGAAUAGGAUCAUUUGGAAGAAAUAGCUUUUGAAAAUUUGGCAAUAGUCAAAGAUUAACUUAUUGACAGCUACUUACCACUUUUUCCACUGGCUAACAUUUUGUUUCAAAAAUUGACUGUAAUCAUAACUUUUGAGUCUGAAAAGAAGUCAUAAAACCCACCUGCAAAACUUC